AUGCACUUCCUCCUCCUCGGCGCCACCGGCCGGACCGGCAAGCACGUCGUCUCCCAGCUGCUCUCCAAGGGCCACACGGCCGUCGCCCUGGUCCGCACCGAGGGCAGCCUCAAGCCGCAGCCGGGCCUCACCGUCGUGACGGGCUCGCCGCUCUCCAAGGCCGACAUCCAGAGCGCCCUCACCGCGGCGCCCGGCGGCCUGGUCCCCUCGGCGGCCAUCAUGACGCUCAACACGGUGCGCAAGUCCGACAGCCCCUUCGCGCCGCAGCUCUCGCCCCCGCGCCUGCUGGCCGACUCGGCCGCCAACGCCUGCGCGGCCCUGCAGGAGGCCGGCAUCCGACGCAUCGUCGUCAUGUCGACGGCCGGCGCGGGCGACUCGUGGGGCAACCUGCCGUGGCUGACCAAGGCGUUCAUGGGUUGGACCAACAUCAAGCUCGCGGUCGAGGACCACAACCUCGUCGACAAGGAGAUUCGGGAGACGGGGCUGGACUGGACGCUUGUGCGGGCGUCCAGGCUCGAGUAUGAGGACGCGAAGCAGAAGACGGCCGACGUGCAGACGCUGGAUGGCGCGGGUGUGGGCAUGCGCAUGACGGACAGCGUGAGCGUCACUAGCGCGGCAGGCUUCCUCAUCAAGGCCGCUGUCGAGGGGCUCUUUGUCAAUAAGGCGGUGGUCAUCCGGGAUUGA